AUGGCAGAAUCGCCCUACGACGACGACGACGACGAGCGCGGCGAUACACUCGUCCAACGAGCGCUGUCGUUGGGCCUCACUCCCAUACGAAUCUUGACCUCUCGCGCUGCUAUCAAAGCCUACCUCUCUACCAUCCUCUUCCUGGGCACUUCCACGAUCCUUCUCGUCCUGUCCUCCACCGCGUAUGCAUUCUUCUACUACAACUACAUUCCGCAAAUCAGCCUUGAACGCGUCCUCUACUUGCAAUAUGGCACGGAUUUCCCUCCCUAUGCAACGGUGGCACUGGACACACAUGCAUUGGUUUCGCAGCAGGCCUACAAUGUCGAGUUGAUAUUGGACAUGCCUCGCACCCCCACCAAUCUGCAGGCUGGCAAUUUUAUGCUGGAUCUGUCCUUGUUGGGCUCCAAGAGUGUGCCUGACGCGGUGUCUUCAUGGUUGGGCAAUGUCACAAUGGAAAAUGCGCUCUAUCACUCCCGGCGACCGGCUAUUUUGCCCUACGCGUCUCCCAUACUGUCGCUCAGUCACACAAUGCUCCAUUUGCCCUGGCACCUGCUCAACUUACGCGACCUGGAUCGGUCUCACUUGGUCGUCCCCAUGUUUGAAAUGCUGGUGUUCCCGCGGGGUGCGAGAAAUGUGCCAACCCACGCAAGACUCGAGUUGCAAUCCAGCAGUAUUUUACAGGUGUAUGAUGUGAAAUUGGCGUUCAGAGCCGAGUUCCAGGGCUUGAGAUACGUCAUCUACAACUACCGAGUGGUCAGUUUUGUGAUUUUCACCACCCUGUUUUAUGGCGUGAGUGUCACGAGCAUGGCGCUAGGGUGGGCUGUUAUUUCGCAUGUGCUCUCGGGGGCCGGGCGGCACAAGAAGAUCAAAAUGGAAGCGCGAGAUGGAACUUCGACCGGCACGCCGAUCAAGACCGAGCAUGAGUCCUCCUCCGCCGGCGCCGCCAAAGUCAAGACGGAAGAUGAGGCCGAAUCGUCCGGUCCGCAUGUCGGUGGCCUGUCUCUCUGGAACAUUUCGGAUACGCCUGCGCAGUUUCCUACUGAGAGAGGUCGGCCGCCACUGUCUUAUCCUGGGCGUCCCAUCUCCGCCGUAGAAGCAAGAGAAAAUCUUGAAGCGGAGGAAGACCGUCUGAGAAGGCCCAUGGCAUCAGGCGAGGCAGCGGAUGAUGAAGACGAGGGAGACUUCGAGGAGGAAUUGAUCCGCGGGAGGCGGGUUGAAGGUGAUUCCGGAAUCGGAACCAGUAUGGAGAGCGAGCAUGCUGGACGGGGGGUUGUGAGGAGAAGGAGCUCGAGAGGUCUGGGGAAGAGAUGA